AUGCACGCUCUGAGGCAGACGUGGCACACCACAUGCUUCGUGUGCGCAGCCUGUGGAAAACCAUUCGGGAACAGUCUCUUCCACAUGGAGGACGGAGAGCCCUACUGCGAGAAAGACUACAUCGCCCUCUUCAGCACCAAGUGUCAUGGCUGUGACUUCCCCGUGGAGGCCGGAGACAAGUUCAUCGAGGCUCUAGGACACACCUGGCACGACACCUGCUUCGUCUGCGCCGUGUGCCAUGUGAACCUUGAGGGCCAGCCGUUCUACUCCAAGAAGGACAAGCCUCUGUGUAAGAAGCACGCUCACGCCAUCAACGUCUAA